UUGUAACGGUUUCCGGUUUCAUAGUUUCAAACGCUCUGGUGGUAAAAAUCCAAUUUUUCACUCUGGUACGCUCUCUGCUGCAUAAAACUCUAAUAAUACCGAUUUUGACAGCCCUGAUAGUAGAGUCAAAAAAAUACAAAAAUGAAAGAUGGCUGAUGAUGACAGUCUCUGUCCACUUCAUAAGUGUAUAUUCAAUGGAGAUAUUCGUAAAUUAUCCCAACUGCUAAGGACAAACGAUCCUUCGGGCAAAGACAAACAUGGAAAUACACCUCUACAUUUGUCGGUGAUGCUAGGACGUAAAGAAUUCACACACCUGCUGCUGGCCCACGGUGCACUGGUCAAAGUGAAAAAUUUGGAAGGAUGGUCACCACUCGCGGAGGCGAUAAGCUAUGGCGACCGACAAACAAUUUGUUCCUUGUUGCAGAAAUUGAAGUCUCAAGCAAGAGAACAAAUGGAACAACGACGACCGAACCUGAUCAGAGCUCUUCGGCAGAUGGGAGACUUUUACAUGGAAUUGAAGUGGGAUUUUCAGUCGUGGGUUCCUCUGGUGUCACGCAUUCUGCCAUCGGAUAUUUGUAAAAUUCACAAAUCCGGCUGCUCGAUUCGUCUGGACACAACGCUAGUCGAUUUCUCCGAUAUGCGAUGGGAACGGGGUGACAUUUCUUUCAUUUUUCGCGGUGAUAAAUCGCCAAAAGAAUCACUCACCGUUUUGGAUAACGAAUAUCAAUGCUAUCAGCGGGUGCGGUACGAGGAAAGCGAACAGGAAAUAGAAGAUGAGGUGGACAUUCUGAUGUCGAGUGAUAUUUUAGCUGCACAAAUGUCAACGAAAAGUAUAAAUUUUGUACGGGCGCAAUCGGGAUGGAUAUUUCGGGAAGACAAGAAGGAAACAGUUGCUGGAUUGUACGACUGUGAUUCGUAUUGCAUAAAUGGACUAAUACUGGAGUCGAGGAAGCGUCGGGAGCAUCUGUCUCGUGAUGAUUUGCAGAAGAACAAGGCAAUCAUGGAAUCGUUAACCAAAGGCGGGGGUCAAUCACAAAAUAUCGAUCAAAAUGGAGAGAUUGUACGAAGAGCCUCUUUGCUGCCACCUCCCGACUGUCAAGUCACAUGGGAAGAUUAUAUAAAUUCCGAACCAGGAGAAUAUCCAAAAUUGGGUCGUGAACUAGUCUACAAGGAAUCGAGUAAAUCGUUCCGGGCAACUGUUGCUAUGAGUCGAGACUUUCCGUUGAACGUGGAAAUGCUACUGAAUGUACUGGAGGUCAUUGCACCGUUCAAACACUUUUCCAAACUCCGAGAAUUCGUCACAAUGAAGCUACCGAGCGGUUUUCCGGUGAAAAUUGACAUCCCAAUACUGCCGACGGUGUCGGCGAAGAUAACAUUUCAGAAAUUCGAAUUUCGGGACAAUAUUUCGCCGGAAUUAUUUGAGGUUCCGCAACAUUUCACCGAGGACAGUAUGAGAUUUCCUGACUUAUGACGUAUUGAAUUCAUCACCGUUAUUGAAUUCACUGCUACUCAACAUUUGCUGUUUGACACUAACUUGGUAACUCUGAAAUAUCCAUUCAUUUAAGAGUCCAAUUGAAGUUUUUUUAAAUGUUAUAACGGAAGCAUAUGCGUCCUGAUCGUUUCACGAAUUCGUUUUUUCAGUUUCCUUGUUGAGAAGAUUUUUCUCUCUGCAAAAUUUCAAAUUAAAUUUUCUUCAACGUUUAAUCGACUCUCAGGCAUUUAUUGUGAAUAUUUACAACUGGUCUAAGUUUUGUAACUGGUCAAAGUUAUAUAACUGGUCAGAGCAUUGUAAGUUGGCAUAGGCUUAUAACUGGUCAAAGUUAUUUAACAACUGGUCAGUUGUGUAACUUGUCAGAGGCUUAGAACUCGUCAAAGUUGUAUAACUGGUCAAAGUGAAUAACUUGUCAAAGUCGUAUAAGUGGUCAAAGUUCAAUAACUUGUCAAAGUCGUAUAACUGGUCAAAGUUGUGUGACUGGUCAAAGUUGUGUGACUGGUCAAAGUUGUGUAACUGGUCAAAGUUGUGUAACUGGUCAAAGUUGAAUAACUCGUCAAAGUGUAUAACUAGUCAAAGUUGUAUAACUGGUCAAAGUUGUGUAACUGGUCAAAGUUAUUUAACUGGUCAAACUAGUCAUAAUAUUGUACCCUGUCAAAACCGUAUAACUUGUCAAAACCUUGUAACUUAAAAUAUCAAAAGUGGCGUGUAGUAAAGACACGGGAUCCACGUGACCUCCCCAAGCACACAACUGACUGAACCCAGCAUGUAGCAGAGGAUUAAAUAGUUAAUAUUGCAAAAAUGAAGCUACUGGAGUCCAAAGAUGUAGAAAAUCUAAAAAAAAUUCAAAGGCCUUUCGUGCUAGACAAAUCAAAUUUUACUGUUACCUCGUCAUGUCUUUGAGGACUUGCAGGACUUUCAAUAGUUCAUAGUUAGGUGAAGCUUAAUUAUUUAGUGUGGGUUCCCAUAAAACAGUUUUAACUCUAUGUGAGUGACUGUAGUUUUCUGUCAAAAUGGGCUUUGAGUCGAAGUGCAGGUAUCAUUACUCUUAACGUUUUACAGACGGCAAGAAUAUCAGCAGCUCUACUAUUGCAUCUAUUACUUUAUUUGAUUUCAAAUCUGUUACUUCAUUUCUUUUUAGCAGCUUUUCGUAUUAAAAGACUGAAUUAGUCAGAGCUGGUUGCUUAUUCUUGUAGGCGAUAGGCGUCUGUGGCAGGUUAAAGUUUCUUAUGUUUCCAUUAAUUAUUCAUUUCUAAGAGUUAAUUCAAAAAUUCGAUACAAUCUUGUUCCUGAGUGAAUGUGAA